UGGGUCUAGUUGGCCCCUCCUAGCUUCAAAGCUUAUAUAAGUAAACAGAGCUCAAGGCUCUCAAUAAUGUCACAUAAACACAAUAAGGCUUUGUAACUUUCUGGGUCUUUUUUUCUUUCUUUUUUCUUUCAACGAACUAAAAUCUCCAUCCCUUUUACUUGAGAUUAAAGAGAACCCCAUCGUUAAAUCUCUCUCUCUCUUCUUUUUUGACUUCCACAAAAAGAGCAACAUCUUAUUCUCAGGAUUGCUUGAAAACUGGACAAAUCAUUAAGGUUACAGACCAAUAAGAGAGAGAGAUAUUGUUUUAAAAGAAAACAGGAAAUCUCGAAUUUCGAGGAGGAAAGGAUAAGAAUUUGAGAGAAGAAGAAGAAGAAGAAGAAUAAUGGUUGCUUCUUUAUCAGCUUGGCCUUGGGGAAACUUUGGCAAUCUAAAGUAUCUUCUGUACGCUCCAUUAGCGGCACAAGUAGUGUACUCGUUGGCCUACGAAGAAGAUUACUCAAGGGCUCUUUGGUGUCUUCACAUACUCAUCAUCUGUGGGAUCAAAGGAGUCGUUCAUGUCUUAUGGAGCAGUUUCAACAACUUGCUUUUCUUGACUCGGACUCUAAGGAUUAACCCUAAAGGUGUAGACUUUAAGCAGAUUGAUCACGAAUGGCACUGGGACAAUUACAUACUCCUGCAAGCAAUAAUAGCUAGCAUCAUCUGUUACAUGUCUCCACCAUUGAUGAUGAUGAACAGUAUUCCUCUGUGGAACACGAAAGGGCUCGUCGCAUUAAUUGUGCUACAUGUGACUUUCGCAGAGCCUUUAUACUAUUUUCUUCAUAGAUCCUUCCAUCGUCACAACUACUUCUUCACGCAUUACCACUCCUUCCACCACUCUUCUCCUGUUCCACAUCCCAUGACUGCUGGAAAUGCAACGUUUUUGGAAAAUCUGAUCCUCUGUGUCAUAGCUGGAGUUCCUUUGAUUGGAUCUUGCUUGUUAGGGGUUGGAUCAAUAAGCUUGAUCUACGGAUACGCUAUUAUGUUCGAUUUCAUGAGAUGUUUAGGACAUUGUAACGUUGAGAUCUUCUCUCACAAGCUAUUCGAGACUCUUCCAAUCCUACGAUAUCUCAUCUACACUCCAACGUACCAUAGUCUGCACCAUGAGGAAAUGGGGACCAACUUUUGUCUGUUUAUGCCUCUCUUUGAUGUUUUGGGCAACACGCUAAACCCAAACUCGUGGGAACUCCAAAAGAAGAUUCGUUUGGCUGCAGGGGAACGGAAGAGAGUGCCGGAGUUCGUGUUCUUGGCUCAUGGGGUAGAUGUGAUGUCGGCGAUGCACGCGCCGUUCGUGUUCAGAUCGUUUGCUUCAAUGCCUUACACGACGAGGCUCUUCUUGCUGCCCAUGUGGCCAUUCACGUUCAUGGUGAUGUUGGCCAUGUGGGUUUGGUCAAAGACUUUUCUUUUCAGCUUCUAUACUCUCAGGAACAAUCUUUGUCAGACUUGGGGAGUUCCCAGAUUUGGAUUCCAAUACUUCUUACCGUUUGCUACACAAGGCAUUAAUAACCAGAUCGAGAAUGCGAUUCUUAGGGCUGAUAAGAUUGGAGUUAAAGUUAUAAGCUUGGCUGCUUUGAACAAGAACGAAGCUCUAAAUGGUGGUGGGACGCUGUUUGUCAACAAGCAUCCUGACCUGAGAGUUCGUGUGGUCCAUGGGAACACUUUAACGGCAGCAGUGAUUCUCUAUGAAAUUCCAAAAGAUGUGAAAGAGGUGUUCUUGACAGGAGCCACUUCUAAGCUUGGAAGAGCAAUUGCGCUUUACCUCUGUCGUCGGGGAGUGAGAGUUCUCAUGUUGACCUUAUCGAUUGAAAGGUUCCAAAAGAUUCAGAAAGAGGCUCCUCCUGAGUUCCAGAACUACCUUGUACAAGUGACCAAAUACAACGCUGCACAACACUGCAAGACUUGGAUCGUUGGGAAAUGGUUAACGCCGAGGGAGCAGAGCUGGGCUCCUGCAGGGACGCAUUUCCACCAGUUUGUGGUGCCACCAAUCCUCAAAUUCAGAAGGAACUGCACUUACGGCGAUCUUGCAGCUAUGAGGCUUCCUAAAGACGUUCAAGGACUCGGAACAUGCGAGUACACGAUGGAGAGAGGGGUUGUGCAUGCGUGCCACGCAGGAGGAGUGGUCCAUAUGCUGGAAGGUUGGGAGCAUCAUGAGGUUGGAGCCAUUGAUGUAGAGCGUAUUGAUCUGGUGUGGAAAGCGGCCAUGAGACACGGCCUUAGCUCUGUCUCUUCACUCACAAACUGAGUGAAAGACACCCCUUUUCAUUGUUGUCUUUGACUCUUCCAAGAUUCGCCAUUCUUUGUACAGGUGAAGGAUGCAAGCAGGGAAACAAAUGUAGAAUUUCACCUUUAUGUUAUUGUUUUACCUUUUUUUUUAAUAUUAAAGCUGUAUUCCUCUUUUUUAGUUUUUCCUAUCUAUCUAUAUAUGCACCUAAUUUCCAAGAAAAUUUCGACAAAGCUUUAAUUAUAUCCAACUUGAUCGCUCCUCUGUUUGGUAGUUAGGGACAAUUAAAGAACCAAGUGUCUUCAAUGUGACUGUCCUCUGUUACAUUUGAUUUGAUUAGUCAUAACGGAUUCAUCAUUAUUAUUUGAGACCUGAG